UAUGGUCGUAAGACUAUAGCCUGUCCAGUGUCCUCUAAGAACGAAGAAAAAAAAAUCAAAGAUUUGACAUUUGACUAAACCAAAAUAAAAUUAUCUUGGCUUAGUUUCUUUAUAAACAUUAAUAGUGGCGACGGAAAAUUAUCCUAAGAAAAUGCUAGAUGGGUGGUACUGCCGCUCUAUAGCAAACAUGCAAGCCAAUGAAGCAGCCAAUGUGAGUACCAACGCGCCAUCGGAGCCACCAGGGACUCACGAUUCCCAAAAGGACUAUUCUAGUGACAGUAGCAGUGAUCCAGAACCGGAGCCUAACUACAGACUACAAUACUUAUCAUUGAAGAAGAAACUGAAAUUUCUCAUCUAUGAAAAUGAAUGUUUCCAAGAUGCACUCAGAUGUAGUCAGAAAAGAUUGCUGAAGGUGUCUCGUGACCGAAGCUUUUUGCUAGAUAGGUUACUGCAAUAUGAGAGGCCUGAGAGCACCACUUCUGAAAGUGAAGACACAGAGUCAUCAGAUGAUACUGAUUAUAAUCGUGUAGAUGUUAUUAAAAGGAGAAAAAUAGAAAGCAAUGCUUCACAACAAAAUACAUCUGCAAAUACAUCAAUAAAUAAAGGUGCCACUGCAGUUAAGCGAAAGAGAACAGUAAUGCCGAAAAAACCACCCAACAACAGUCUUCUACAUCAAGCAAGUGGCGCAUCAUUAGCGAAGGUGCCACCAGCACUGGGCUUCACCCUGUCUGCUAGUGAUGGCCACAUGACACCAGAGGAGGUGGAACGGCACUUGCAGUCACGACAAUCAUACCUCGAGCUACUGCCCGAAAGAGCACCGCCAACUGUACCCACUGAAAUGUUCAGUAAUGAUCCAUCACUUGAUAGUGAAUCAAAUGACGUGUUAGAAAAUUCACCAAAUGUUGAAGAAUGGUUUGAUUAGUACCUAUUAAUAAUAUCUAUCAAUUCAAUAAGAUAUUUACUAUGUAAAAUGUAACUUAGGUUUAAAUGUUGUAAUAAAAAUUUGCAAAUGAUAA